AUCUUUCCGACACACACACACACGUACUGAAUGUUCAAUAUGAAUGCCAUACGUGAUUGCAAGGGCCAGGUUAAUUGUGAGUGCAGCUCACCCUCAUCCCCCUCCCCCAUGUGGCAACAGGCAGGUAACAAGCAGGGGAAAGCGCUGUGCGGUGUGAGAAGCACAGGCUCCUUCGGCUCGGAAUUAGCAUUGUAGGAGGCCCGUUUGCUGUAACAAUCACUGCCGUGCGCUGUUGGCUCGUCCCUUCCCCCUCCCUCAUUGCAAACUGCGGAGCUUCGUUCGUAACAGCAGCAGCAGCAGAGACCAACGAGCCGCCCGCAUCGACAAGUGCUUUCAUCCCAGGAACACCCCUUCUAAAACAAGGCGAUUGAUCGGGGAGUCCGGCUUAUUUGCAGAUCGAAUAUUCUUAAGACCAACAGCUCAGAGCAUCGGAGGCGCCAUUUUCCUCCCUCUGCGGCUCGGAGCCGAGACCGGGCUGCUCGCCUCCCGUUUGCUGCUUGAGUUGACAGAUCAGAGCAUGCCAUUUUCAGGACCCCGGGAGCUUUGGGACUAGUUAAGAUUGCAGGUUAUCGGCACUGGACAUGGGUGAGUUAGUAAGUGGCAAUUGGUGAUUUUUCUUGCGGCUGAUUUCAAUUAUUGUCUAAGAACCAAAAAUGUGUACGUGUUCAGUGAGAAGGAGUCGAUGGUGCAAUUCGGUUGUUUGAAAAAAAAAAAGUCCGUCUUUUUGGUCGGAUUGGAGUGGAGCUAGAGAGCCUCUAGCAUCGGAUUCCAGCAGCUGCAGUUCUCAGCCUCAACUCAUUGUAUCUCAGCGCUUUUACGGAGGGUGCAGAGUACUUGGACGCUGCAGAAAAAAAUAUAUAACAUACAACCAACUCCAACAUGACAGAUCUGACAUGGUCGACUUUUAAAGGCAACUGGAUUACCGGAGGCGGAUUUGACAAAAUAAUGAAGUAAACGGUACGCUGGCGGUAGAAGUGCUUGACAGGAGCGCGUAACGUGGCUGUUGGAGUGGUUCGAAGGGACAUGAAGCAAAUUUUUAUUGUAGUUUGUGUUUUAUUUGGGAGAUCGGAUUACUUUGGAGUGACGGGGGACACUGAAAAGUGCUGAAUUCCUGCUCUCCGCAAUCCCUGUGCCUUCGCACUGCUAGGAUGGAGCAGCGGGAGGCGGCGUUGGGCUGCAGGCAGAUACUGGCUGAUGGGGACUUCAGGUCGGCCGGCAGCAGUACCAAGUCCGCAGUCUCUCCUGGAGCUUUGAUGCAGUCGUCUGGGAGCCAGAUGAACGGGGGAAGGCUGGAUCAGGACGACGAGGAGAGUGCCUGUGGUAGUCAGGACUCCAACUCCAUCACAGACAGCGAUAAAUCAAUGCAGGGAGACGGCCUGGAGGAACACGAGUUUUCCAUCAAGGAGGCGAACUUCACAGAAGGCAGCCUGAAACUAAAGAUCCAGACCACCAAACGGCCCAAGAAACCUCCCAAGAACCUGGAGAAUUACAUCUGCCCUCCGGAGAUCAAGAUCACCAUCAGGCAGCCAGGGGACCAGAGAAGCUGCAGGCCGAGCAAUAGUAAAAAGACGUCAAAGGAAGAUGAAAAGAAAAAGAAGGGUCAACCAAGGUCUCACAAGCAACCAGAAGUGCGAUUCAGUGAAAUUCCCUCAAGGGUGCAACAUGACUUCAUUGCUGACGGUGUGAAACCAAAGUACCAGGAGAGACUUAAUCAGGUCCAGCUUGAAUGGUCGUCAUCUUCUGGAAUCUCCCCUACUUUUCAGAGUAAUAUAACAGAUGUUGAUGCUGAAAGGGAAGUAGCAAACACUGUUAAUACAAGUUCCAUUUCAGAUCAAUUUUGUGACCUUUCAAAUGCACAAAUGAACAAGCGUAUUACUGGCUGUACUUGGAAUCAGUUCAUAAAGGGCAAUGCUGGGUUGUCCAUUGUUAAUGCUAACCGGCUGGUGAGUCCUAAAUUAUCCACUAGUCACCAAGAGCCCACGGUUACGCAUACUAAAUCAGUGGACAAAAACAAAGAGUCCACCGAGCAAAAACGUGGGAGUGGGUCAGGAAAAUCCAGCAAAAGAGACACCAGAUGCUCUAAAAACCAGCUAGUAGACGGCUCUGUUGAAUGGGACAAAAAUAGCCAGAAGGGACCAGAGUUAGAAUUUCAUGGGACAGCAAAAGGUAAGAAGGACAUUUUAGCAGGUCAUGUUGCAAACACCGAGCCACCAUCAAGAGCAUCUCCCACCAGGCCCAAUGCAGUGAGCAUUCAAGAAAAGGAUUCAGCUUCUGUAAUGAUUAGAAUCCCGCUAAAGACACAGGCAUCACUGUUUGCUCGCAGCAGAACAAGAAAAGGAAGGUUAUCAAAAACAAUCUUGGAUAAUAGACUUCAGCCAGAACCCAUAUUUGCUGAAUCAAAUAUUAAAAAUGCUAUAGGUAGCAAUUUUCCCAAUGGUGUAGACACUAUAAGUAACAGCAGGAGCCAGUUCAGUAGCAAGAUCAUUAAGCAGCAAAAUAGGAGUGCAGAGAUUGAACUGAGUCAAACCAAUCUACCAGUGGGAAGAGCCUGUGAAUUAACUGACCUCUCAAACAGUGGCAGUAGGGUGAGAAAGCCGACUGCAAUAUUGGCAUCACCCGUUUUCAUCGAUCCCACCAAAAGCAGAAGAGGGCCCACCGAGAUGAAACAUUCAAAAUAUGCAACUAAAACCAGCACUAUUUCUGCCAAAUGUAAAACUUUGAGUCUUCUGAAGGAAAACUGUGUCUUGCAUGAAAAAAGCACAGUAAUGGAGCCUCCGUCGGCCUAUCCUAUAACCCCAGCUAGUCCGUUGUAUUCUAACACAGAUAGUCUCACAGUCAUUACUCCAGUGAAGAAGAAAAGGGGAAGACCAAAGAAGCAGCCUUUACUUACAGUGGAGACAAUACACGAAGGAACUGCCACAAGUCCAGUAAGCCCCAUCUGUUGUGAAUCUCCCAAUGGCAGUAAGAAAAAGAAAAAAAGAAAAAGCCCUGGUAAACUGAUACCAAUAGAUGCUGUCACCUUAGAGUCUAAUCAAAUGUCAUUUCCCAAAAAGGAUGGGAAAAUAAAUGUCCUGGAUAAGAAAACAAUCAAAACUAUCAAUAAAAUGAAAACGAUGAAACGGAAGACUAUUUUGAAUCAAAUUCUGUCUUAUUCUAAUAAUACAGUAGUGAAAAAGAAAGUACCGUCCUGUAGUACUGCUUCAGCAAUCUCAUCUGCCCUAGAGACCAAGUUAGGAAAACAGAUCAAUGUUAGCAAGAGAGGGACUAUUUAUAUCGGCAAAAAAAGAGGAAGAAAACCAAAAGCGAUGGGACAACCGCAGCAAAUUGGAAACAAAAGUGCUGAGAAAUAUUCAAAGCCGAUUUCUGCCCAUUCAGAAACUCCAACCGUGCCUUUUGGUUCACAGCUGACUAGAGCAAUGUCACCAACCGCUGCACAACCAUCACCUCCCCAGGCAGUAGGGCCUGUAGGAAACCUCAGCCCGGUCAGCAGUGAAACCAACUUAUCUGAGUCAAAGGCAAUGCCAAACCUUCAGCCAAUUAGUGCACUUCCUACAAAAAUCCCCAAAAGCUUGCAUGCUAGCACUUGGAAGUUGUCUCCACCAAGGCUUCUGGCAAAUUCUCCUUCUCAUUUAUAUGAGGCAGCUUCUUUGAAGGAGGUUACGCUGUCACCUAUCAGCGAAUCUCACAGUGAGGAAACAAUACCUAGUGAUAGUGGAAUUGGAACAGAUAAUAACAGCACUUCUGACCAAGCAGAGAAGAGUUCAGAAUCACGCCGCAAAUACUCCUUUGACUUUUGUACACUUGAUCCCUCGGAAGGUGCAAUUGUAGAUCCUGGUGCAAAAGGAAAACACAGUCACAGGCAGAAACACUUGCUUGUAGAUGAUUAUCACAUUCAUGAAAGCAUGAAGAAGCAGAAACAUAGACGGAAGAGAAAAAGCUUGCAGAUGCACAGCAGAGAUGAUCUGCAAUUCAUAGCGGACCUGGAAGAACUAACUGCAAAGUUCCAAGUAUUUCGUAUCUCUCACAGAAGCUACACCUUGUAUCCUGAUAACCCAUAUCCCAGUAUUUUCAGGGUCAAUUUUGAUCACUAUUAUCCUGUGCCAUAUAUUCAUUAUGAUCCAUUACACUAUCUACGCCGGACAGCUGAUCUUAAGUCUAAGAAAAGACGUGGCAGACCUCCCAAAGCCCAAGAGACUAUGACAAAGGUGCCUUUCUUACAGGGUUUUGGUUACCCAUUACCCAGCGGGAGUUACUAUGCACCCUAUGGCAUGCCUUAUACGUCGAUGCCUAUUGCGACAGGUAUGAUGAACCUUGGGUAUUAUGGGCAAUAUUCAGCUCCUUUUUACUUGUCUCAUGCACUUGGGUCAUCAGCUCCCUUCAUGAGGCCAACAAUGCCUCCACCCCAGUAUCAUGCCAGCUCCCACUUAAAAAUGCCAGCCACUGCCAAACAUAAGGUAAAACAUGCCAUGCAUUUGCAGCCUUCACUAGGGUUGGAUUUAAACACCAUGCAGCCUUCUUUAACAUCACAAAGAGGUGAUGGUGGUGGUGCAGGAAUGCCCAGCAGCCGAAUUCAUAAACGCAAGCAUAAGCACAAGCAUAAACAUCGAGAUGACCGGCUCAUGGGGUCACCGGAAGACUUGGGUGAGAUUUUUGGGCACAAGUCAGAUUUUGCUAAAGCUUUAGUCCAUCAGAACCUAGAAAGCUGUGACAAAGAUCUUUCACUGGGUGCUGACAAAGGAAAACAUAAAGAGAAACUGAGACAGCAGCUUAUUGAACCAAUGCACACAGGACAAAAAGUUUCAAAAAACAUCUUUGAUAUAGAUACAUCUUCAAAAUUAGCAUUUUCUGAUUUACCACAAUGGACAAGGACUACAGAAAAAAAUGAUUCCAUCACUGAGUCUAUUGACGCCUGUGUAAGAAGGUACACAAGCACUGAGACUCGAACAAGGCGGGAUAUCUCCAUGGAUCUUUAUGGGGAUCUGCACUCUGCAAGCAGUCUGGCUGAAAAGCGGGAAAGCGAAUCAAAUGGGAAUAGAAAAAGGCACUUUGAGGGUUAUGGAUCUUAUCGGGAGAAGAAUGGACCUGUGCUAAGGACUAACAGAAAAGACUGGGGGCAAACUCUGUGCAGUACCCCUACAGCACCAGGUUUAAUAAGCUCACACUCCAAGCUGGACCAAAUGACGUUGCACAAACAUGAUAGUGGCCUUUCCAUUGUAACCAGAAAGAAAGCAAUUUCUACUGAAAGUAUAACAGGAUCAACUCUAUCAUCAUCUCCCCCACCUUCACCAUCACCAUCGUGUGAAUCAGUUAAAAGUCCUACUUCUUCACCGAGAAGAAAGCUGAAGAGAAGGGAAAUUGAAGCUAUUCAAUGUGAAGUCAGGAAGAUGUGCAAUUAUGACAAAAUUCUUGCAACGAAAAAGAACUUGGACCAUGUCAACAAGAUCCUGAAAGCCAAAAGACUGCAAAGACAGUCAAAGACUGGCAAUAAUAUAGUAAAAAAGAGGAGAGGCCGUCCGAGGAAGCACCCUUUGCCACUGGAUGAUGACUUAACAGACCAGAUGCCAGUAUUGGAGAAGUGUGUGGAUCUUCCAAGUAAACGAGGCUUGAGAUACAAUUUAGCUCCUGAAAUGCUGGCUACAGCCAGUCAGGACACAGUCAUGGACACAAUUGAAGCUGUAAUAUGCAUGGUACAGCAACAAAAGCCUAAGUCAGAUAAAGGCACCAAGAGAAAGCAGAAAGAGGAAAGUGGACAAAAUGUGAAGAGACAUAGGAAGUCCAAAGAAACUGAAAAAGAGGCAAUCACCACAAAUUCUAAAAGGUACAACAGCUUGAAUAUAUCUGCCACCAGCUACCAAUCAACAGCCACCAGUCACUGAAACCUUCCUGCACUUUAAUAUUACUUGGUGAAUGAGAAGGGAAUGACUAAGAUUCAGAUGUUGGAAAAUUAAAAAAUGAUAACCAUUUUCUCAUGCAAUCCACUAUAUAAAAGGGAUGGCCUCAUUCCAGCAUUCACUGCAUUCUUUGCAAGUACCAGACACUCCUGUCAAUAUCUGGUAUUUCGACAUGUCAAUUAAUUUUCACAAUUUUGUACAAACAUUCCUUCUCCCUGUUAACUGCGCUCUAUCCACGGACCCAUUAUUUGCGAAGUGAGCAACAUGUAAUGGCGUAUAAAAGGGUAAGCUAGUGCAAGUACUUUUGGCAGCCUUUUAGAAGAAUGUAUUAUUGAAAUGUUCCUUGGGAAGGCAGGCAGAAAUAACAUUACGCUUGCAACAGCGUUUCUUAUAUACUGGAUUUAUAAUCAAUAUAUGCUAGUUGAUAAAAGAAGAAAGAAAGAAAUUUUAAAAUAUUCUUGCCGACAUUCAGGCAAUACUGUACUCACAGAGCCUUAAAUGCAAAAGUGUUAUCCAUGUAAAGCACUUUCUGCUUCAGUUCAACAUAUGCUCUUGGAAACUCAGCAGAAACAAAAGUCAUAAAGGAAUUUUCAAUCAAUAAAUGUCCCUGGUUUAUUUUAUGUAUUGAAAAUAAAUGUUUCCCCCUUGAUGGACAACCAUGCCAGAAAGUGACAUUAAUCAGAAAUAAUGGAUCUGAAAGAGUUCCGUAGCACACAAUAUAUUCAGCCUAAACUUCUCAAGGGGUUUGCUGGAUUUCCUAUUUUCACCUACACUUAUCACUGGGCAUUUCCUUUGAGAAGCAAUAUCAUGAGAGGCUAUAAAAAAAAUUGAAUCAAAAUAUUCUUUUAACAGAGAGAUUUGCAUCAGUUCCCCCAUCCCCGCACUCCAAGAAAUAAUUAAUCUCCAACUCUCGCACUUGUCCCGAAAAUCUUUGAGCAAUUAAGUUCACAAGUGACUUUCUGUAAAGGUAGGAAUUGACGUUGUAAUCUAGAUCAUUUAAAAUAUAACAAUGUGUGCCCUAUCGUAUGGCCUUACAGUUUUCCAAAGUAAAUAGAUGUUAACGAAAAAAAUUAAAUAUAUAUUUUCUGCGAUUAUCUAAGUUUCACAGCAAGCUUAUUCAUGCAAUAUUUAUGUGACUGUUCUCCAAAAUUAUUACAUUUACACUAUGAGAAAUGGCCCAAAUUUGUGCACAGUAUUACUAUGAAAUUAGCUCUCACCUCUGAACACAUUAAAAAUAAACAUCUAAAAUACUCAAAGAACAUAUUGAAUAUUUUCCAUUAAAAUGUAUAACAAAUUGUCACCAUCCCUUGCUCCAGUGAACACAGUGGAAUAUACAUUGGGACGGUCAGAUUAUAGAAAUUGUCUUAUCAAAUGGUAUACCCUAAUCAUCAAUUGUCAUUUCAAAGUCAAUCACUGAUGAAGAAAACAUUCUGCUGCAAAGGGAUGUCUUGUUUAACCACGUUCCAGUUCACAGUGUUAGUGGGGUCUCACCUUUUCCCAGACUAUUGUAUGCAAAUAAUCAGAUACUUAAUAUCAAAGACUUGGAUGUUUUACUUUAUCCCCAGAGUAGUGGUUAUCUUGUAUCCUGGUAAUUGUGUUUUUUAUUUCCUUUGUGAAAAUUCAAUGAAAACAUGUUACCUUAAGCUUUUGAAUUUCUGUAUUUAAUUUUCCCUUAUGCAAAAAGAAAUUAAGUGUUCUUAUGAUGAUAAUCCAAAACAUAUUUUCAAUUAUUUUUAAAAACGAGUAAUUGUGACUGCAGUUAUAUUUAGGCAAAAUGUUUAUAUCAUGGCAGCCUUAAUUCAGUCCAAAACAGUAACCUGUUGUACAUAAUGUAAUUACACAUCUUUGACCUGCAUGGGUUCAAACCGUCUGAAUCAUCUUGUCUGUGUAAUUGUCAUUUUAACUGUUUUUCAAUCAAGUUUAACAAAUCAUUUUGAUGCCAAACAGUUGUUAAUGCAUCUGGGGUUUGGGAAUGGGGCUAAUUGAAGUUGGGGGAGGAGGGGGUGGUGGCGGGGGAGAGGGCGAAAUUCAUAUAUCCUACAAUAUACAAGUUUAAAAGUAAAUGUGUAGGAAAGAACUGCAGAUGCUGGUUUAAAUUAAAGGUAGACACAAAAUGCUGGAGUAACUCAGCGGGUCAGGCAGCAUCUCUGGAGAGAAGGAAUGGGUGACGUUUCUGGUCGAGACCCUUCUAACUCUUGCCUUUAAAAUUUGGUACUUAAGAGUCACAGAAGCAAAACCAUUAAAAUGACAAUUACAUAAUUGUUUAAAAUGGAUCACAACAUUACGAAAUUUAAUCAGCAUGGAGGUACAGUAAAUUUUUGGUCUGAUAUAGCACAGUAUAGUGCUGAUGUGAAAUAAUGUAUUGUAUCAUAACUAGUGAAAAGCCUACUAAGGUUGCAACACUAAAACAAUACAAAGACAUUGAAAGAACUGCCAAAUGUUCUACACGGGUGUCCUAGUCAAAUCCCAGUGUUUUGUUUGUACUCUGGUUUUUAUUUAGGAAGAAGAGCAAUUUUUGCCGAAAAUUGAUAAGACUACAAAUGAAGUUUCAAAAAAAUGUACCUUUAAACGUGGGGCACAAGAUCCUUUUACAUAGUGCUGGCUUAUUUUAGUCUGUAUUCAUAGUGUUUUUAAACCUUUUUUAGAGUGUAUUUGCAUGUUAUUAUACUUGACUGUAUGUACACAUAUUUUAGACAAAUAUUAUAUUUGUAUUCUAAUUAAACAUAGAGCAAACUUGUACAUUGUUGUUUGAAAUGUUUUUUGUAACAGUUUUUAUUCAUGAAGCAUUUUUGUACAUUGAAUAGAUAUGAACUGCUGUUGAUUGGCGCUUAUGUAUUUGGCAUGCUGAUUGUCAUGCUUCUACAUAUAGUUGUUGGUUUUUAAAACUUUUUUUCCGAAAGAAGCUCAUUGUUUUGCUGCCGAAAUCAGGUUAGCAAUAGAGCACUUACUGAAAAGUAAUCUGUUCAUAUGUUAUUCAUUGUGUGAAAAUAAAGAAACUUAAUCGAAACCAACAA